AUGGAACAACAAAUAAUCGAAAAGUUAAAUACUACACUAAAACUUGAUUUACAAAAUCCAACCUUGAAACAAGUGAUAACUCGCAUUCAAGAAUUAAUUAACAAAGACCCGCUGAAUGACGAAAAUGUCAAAAAAGAAUUAGCCGCCGCACAAGCAACUAUCGUUCAAUUACAAAAACAACUGGCGGAAAGACCAGACACUCCUUUUGGGGAAGACUUAGCAGUUAUUAAAGAGACUGAUUUACAAAGUCUAGAGCAAUUAUUCCCUGAUCAGUUAGAUAAUCAUUUCCGGGAACAAAUUAAACAAGCCGCUAAUUAUCAACAACUAGCCACUGCUCGGCAAGACUUUAUUAAAAGGCAUAUUUCGAAAAAUUCUGGCAAUCAGCAAGAAGUUACUCAGCCUCACUUGCCAGCCACUCAGCAACCGCCGAAAGAAAGAAUAAUCUGA